CAUUGCCUUUCUUACAACUCUUCAAUAAAAACUACUGUUCAAAAGACUGAAACUUUAAUUCGGAAUUCACCCCAAACAAUUUUAAUAUUCCAGUUCCGACCCUUGAUUUCCCGAUAUGGCUCCGUCCAGCUCGUCACUGUCACGUCGGGUGUCGCCGGCGCAGAAACAUAUCCACCAUUUUGUUCGCCGCCGAGCGGAGCAGCCGGAAAGCCGAUUGCAUUUUCCCGCGACGAGGAAGUACCGGUCGAUGGAGGAGAUAAUGAAGAUAGCCAAGUACGCGGUGGUAGAUCGGGAGGACUAUAGCCACGUUUUCUGCGAGCAAUGCCACUCCGAUGACCACGACGACGAGCUUCUUCUCUGUGAUAAAUGCGAUAAGGGAUUCCAUAUGUUGUGUUUGAGGCCAAUUGUUGUGCGUGUGCCCAUUGGGCCUUGGUAUUGCCCUACAUGCUCUGAUCAUCAUCAUCGUCAUCGGCCCCUUAAAAGUUUUUCCCAGACUAAGAUUAUUGAUUUCUUUCGGAUUCAGAAAUGUAAUGAAUCAUGGGGGAAAUGUAUGUCACCGCAAGACGCUAGAAAACGCCGCAGACGUUGUGGUACAUUAGUGGUGCACAAGAAACGUAGAAGACUAUUGUCAUUUACUUCAACUGAAGAUCCUGCUCGAAGGCUGGUACAAAUGGGUUCUCUUGCUUCUGCUUUAAUAGCAUUGAACAUGGAAUUCAGUGAUGAUCUCACUUACUUACCGGGCAUGGCUCCAAGAUCAGCAAAUCAGGCAAAGUUUGAAAAUGGUGGCAUGCAGAUUCUCUCCAAAGAAAAUACAGAAACAGUGGAACACUGUAGAGCUAUGUACAAGAGAGGCGAAUGCCCUCCCCUUGUAGUAGUUUUUGAUUCAUGUGAAGGUUAUACAGUAGAGGCUGAUGGAUCUAUAAAGGAUAUGACAUUUGUCACAGAAUACACAGGCGAUGUGGAUUACAUUAAGAAUCGAGAACAUGAUGACUGUGAUAGCAUGAUGACCCUUCUUUUAGCAGCAGACCCAUCUAACAAUCUUGUCAUCUGUCCUGAUAAACGGGGAAACAUUGCCCGCUUUAUUAGUGGCAUUAACAAUCACACAUCGGAGGGUAGGAAGAAGCAGAAUCUUAAAUGCGUGAGAUACAGUGUGAAUGGUGAAUGCCGGGUGUUUUUGGUUGCUACUCGUGACAUAGCUAAGGGGGAGAGGCUAUACUAUGACUAUAAUGGAUAUGAGCAUGAAUACCCCACCCAUCAUUUUGUCUAGAAUUUACGCAGAUACGUGUCCUUGACGCAUCUGCAGAGAUAGAUGCAGUUUUGUAUUGGUCAGAUCCCUUUGUUGCCUUUUUUUUUUUUUCACAGCUUAUACACCGUUUGCACGGAAUUAUAAUUUAUCAUGUAGGGCUGCCCAAUUAUGUGGCCAUGAUAGAUAUAGAGGGGAGAAACAUUUUUGUUCAAAUUUAGCAUAUGAAGGGCAGAAAAUGUUUUGGAAAGUUGAGUUAGAUGACAUUAUUUCGCUUCCUACAGUAUAGAAUAAGAAGUCCUUAUUUAUCUGUAGUGGCUGAA